GAGAGAGAAGGGAGAGAAGGGAGAGUACAGAGAGAUCAAGGAGGAAUAAAGGAGGGACAGAAAGCUGUUGUAGAGACACUUACGGAGACAACGAGGGGGGGGGGGAGCAGAGGAUAGAUGGAGGACAGAGCUAAAUAGACAAUCUGUUUAGAGUAAGAGACAGAGAGGAGGAGAUUGACAUUGAGAAGAGAGAGUGGAGGGGAGACGGGAGAGGGAGGGGAGAGAUUACAGACACUCUCUACAGAGUUGGAGAAAGUGGGAGACAGGAGGAGGGAGCAGAAAGAGGGACGGGGAGGUGACAAGAGAAGGGGAGAGCGGUGAGUGUGAAGGGAGAGUACAGGCAGGGAGAGGGAGGAGAGUGAGAUCAUAGACAUCAGCGUGAGGAGGGAGAAGGAGAGAGGGAGGGUAGGGAAGGAGAGAGGGAGAGGUAGGAGAGAGUUGCAAGGAGAGGUAGGGGAGAGGCAGGGAUUGCUGGAGCUGAUUCUCAUCUCGUCGCGUCCCGCUAAGGGACUACUUUUCUCAGCAGCGAAGGAACAUGCAGCACUUUGGCGGUGCCGCGGCUGUGGCUGCUGCCGCAGCGGCGGCGAAUGGAUAUCCGCUGGGCACCAUAUACGGGCUGCACGUGCACACCGGCGGCCAUAUCGGUGGUCAGCACGUGGCAGCGGCGGCGGCAGCAGCUGCUGCCGUAGCAGCUUCGCAUCACCACCAUCAUCAGCAUCACCAUCAUCAACAUCAACACCAUCAUCAGCAACAGCCAUCGCAGCAGCAACACGAGCCGCAAGCUGCUGGACAUUUACCAACCACACCGCAUCAUCAUCAACCGCAUCAUCAUCAACAGCAUCACCAGCAGCAGCAUCAACAGCAACACCAGCAACAUCAACAGCUUCACAAUGGCGGCUCGGCACACGUGGGGGCGGCCAUUUUAGGUCACCACGUGCACCCGGCGCAUGAAUACCGGCCGUCGGUGCACGCGCUCACGCUCGCCGAGAGACUGGCGGACAUCAUCCUGGAGGCGCGCUACGGCACCCAGCACCGCAAGCAGCGCCGCUCCCGCACCGCCUUCACGGCGCAGCAGCUCGAGGCGCUGGAGAAGACCUUCCAGAAGACGCACUACCCCGAUGUGGUGAUGCGGGAACGUCUCGCCAUGUGCACCAACCUGCCCGAGGCUCGCGUGCAGGUGUGGUUCAAAAACCGCCGGGCGAAGUUUCGCAAAAAGCAGCGGAGCCUCCAGAAGGAGACGGUGCAGAAGUCACGUGAUCACGACGCAGCGGGGGCUGGGCCUGAGGGGGCGGCGGGACACCCAGGAGGAAGAUCCCCUGUGCCUCUGAACAAGGGAGGAGUUGGGUCGCCUGCGACCUCAGGCCCUCCCUCCACUGACCCUUCCCCUGAAGACCCCCUCACUCAAGAGGGUGUGGAUCCAGGCGAGGCAGGCUCCGUACCUGGGAAGGCCUCAUUGCCUGAAGCCGACCCCACGUCCCGCCCGUCCUCCUUGCUCUCGCCCUGUGCCCCCGUGCCUCCGCCUCCGCCGCCUCCGCCGCCUCCGCCGCCACUGCCGCCCCCUCCUCCGCACAGCUACGCCUCGGCGCCCCUCUCCCUGCUGCGCCUGCAGGAGCAGUUCCGCCAGCACAUGGCGGCCACGGCGGCGGCGGGCAGCCUCGUGUACCGCUCGUCCUUCGAGCUGGCGCAGUCGCCGCACCCGCUCGCCUACCCCAUGGCGCCGCUCGCCUGCCAGCCCUACUACCCGGCGUGGCACGCGCCGCCCCCGCCGCUGGCCGUCGCGGCCGGGGGCGCCGGGAUCCUCGUGGCUCCGUCGCCGACGGCGAUCGGCGCCCGCACCGGCGGGGUCGUGGGCCCGGCGGUGGCGAUGGCGUCGCCGCCCCCCUCCUCCUCGCUGGCAAUGCCUGGCUUGGUGGGCGUCAUCGGCGGAGGGGGCGGCGGCGGCAGCAGCAGCAAGACGUCGAGCAUCGAGAACUUGCGCUUGAGGGCGAAGCAGCACACGGCGUCGCUGGGGCUCGACAUAGAGAUGAUGAAUUGAGCGAGGGGAGCGGGAGGGGGCUCGAGUUGGUGGGUAUGGAGGGACAGAAAAGGAGGGGGGCACUACGAAGAGAGAUUCUGUAUUGGCAUGUCGCUUUACGGCAUUCGACGUUACUGCUGACGUGAAUUUAUACAACGCUAUUAACAGACUGGUUUCAGAUAAUAAUACAAAACUGACACUGGGAGGAAAGGCAAAUCUCGACACUUUUGGCCAAAACGGUCUACAUGAAAUAUUGAGCUUUGCAGUGCGAGAGUCUCAAACUUAUCAUGGGACCUUUUUGCCAGCAUCAAAGUAUGAGAAAUAAGAAUAGGUUUCACCCUUUCUGGCAAUAAAAUAGGUGUUAAGAUUUUCCUGUUUGCAUAUUCACCACAAGUACGUGUGGUUCAUGCAGACUUGAUUCCUUGCAAAAAAAAUCUACUUGGUGUUUGAACAUCUUAUUUUUCAUAGUCUCAAACUUGUUGCAAAUGUGCAAAUGUCGUGUGUGGCUGCGUUGAUGCUAUUGACACUGCACCAAGCAUCACAAAGCCAGGCACACCUACCUUCCUCCAUAACAGGUCCAUAAAGGUAUAAUCAGUUGUGCACGGUGUCCGUCAAGGUGGUCUUAUCCAUGAUUCUCCCUAUCUAUUGUCAUUCUCAUUACUCAGGCUUGAUCUGCAGCGUCUCAUGGAGAGUCCAGGCCAGCCGCUCAUGUAGGCCUACCUCCCGAUCUUAGGAUGUGUCCUGCAUAUGCCACCUUCCUUCUCGUUAGACUUGUCAGUCAUUCUCGCUCGUAGCCAUUCCCUCUCAGCUCAUCGUCAUCUUUCUACUUAACACAUCAGCUUAACUCUAUCCAUUCUUCCAUAACACCACAUCCUAAACACAUUGAGUCUCUUCAAGUCAUCCUACCGCAGUGUCCAUGCUUUACUGGUGUAUCCCACGACACUCCACACAACAAAAUGUUCCAAUAUCCAAUCCUCUCUCUUCUGUUUCUUGUCCAACUUAUUACUUACCACGCUUCUUUUCAAAUAGUCUUGGCCAAUCCGAUUCUUCUUAUUUUCGUAUCCUCUUGUUCACACCUGCCAUCUUCAGUGCCCUCCAAGGUAGUCACACCUUCACACCUAUUCCAGCCGUUCCUCUUCCGCACGAACCUUGAUUUUUAGACGCCUCACCUUUAACACUUAUUGCAGUGGCCUACAGCUCUGAUAUUCGUACCAUAAGACCCGCUGCUGAUAUUUUGAAGAAAGCCCAUAAAACUACUUACACAUACACACACACCAGGUAAUAUGACAAUGGUAUCGUUCGAGUCUCAUCCCUCUAAACCCCCCCGCGUGUCCGCCAUGGCGUUGGCGACUUGCGUCGUAGAGAGACCCGGGUGUUGGCCAACAUCGUCGCGGGUGUGAUUCUUUUAAAUGUUUCACUGAUGCGCUGUUGAAGAUUGUGUGCGUUUUUUGCUAGAAAAGGAUUAAGCAUGUGUAAGGCGUAUGUUGGCAACAUUUCAACCACCAAUUUGGGACUUAUUUUUUAUUGAUUCUCUGGUAGUGGAUGGCACCUUUAUGAACGUUCUUUUAUAUCAAGAAACUUUAACGGGCCCCGCACAUCCCUCGCCUCGCUGCAAACCUCAGUAUUUCCCGAAGGUGGCCAGUCGAGCAAAACUUCCUAUGAUAAAAAAAACCUGGUUAAUCUUAAUUCGUAAAGCACCCAUCCCAACGCUGCCACAAAUUGUUUCAACAGUGGAAAUUACAAGUUGGUGGGUUUUUGAUGCAGUUGAUUGGGGGAGGAAGUGAGAAAGUCAAUGUUGGAGGAAGAACAUAAAAUAGAUUGGAUGAAGAUGCUCGAUCGAGGGUAGAGGAGGGAUGGGAGGCCGGGUGAUGAAGCGAGAAGGACAAGAGUAAAUGGAAAGAGGAAAUUGAAAAGGAGAGGGGGAAAGGUCUACAAAUUAAAGGAUAGAAAAUUGAAGGCAAGAAGGAUGAGAUGAGACGAAGACAGUGUGGGAUUGAAUCUCAUCAUUCUAAUCCUCAAGGAUUUAAAGGCUAUUUGCAGCCGUUUUUGGCCUUCCAUCGAAGCGAUAACGAUGCAAAUACUUCGAAGUCAUCUGCUCUCUUCUAAUUGCUGAUAUUCUUUGGGCCUUCCCCUACUCCACAACGUUGUUGAACCUUGAAUCACGAACGCCCUGCAAGUCUUGGCCUUUCACCAAGAUCCCCAGUACCCAAAACAAAACGUGGGCACACUCGCCAAGGAAACCGUUUAUUCUGUGGAUUAGGCCAACUCCACUUGCUGGGUGGUGAAUCUAGAAGAGGCCCUUUGAGCUUAUGCCUUUGGGUUGUCGCAAAGGCCAGAGGACUAAGAUCUAAUACAUUUUAAGCAACUGUACCUUCAUUCUAUUGGAGGGAGACAAAGGUUGUACGUUUACCUGAAUUAGGCUGUUACACUCUUACUCUGAUUUACAAAUAGUUGUCGAUAAACUCGAUUUGACCAAUUAAAGGUGCCAUCAAUGCAGUCGGAAAAUCAAGAAAGCAGCCGGUGCGGUGACUGGUAUCAUAAUGGGCAAGACCAAGACUGAAAGCGACGUGCUUCGGUCAGGACGAAGGUUCGGUGAUGAUCCAACCGUCAAUGAGUUUCUUUCUUUUGAAACUAUAUUUAUUUAGACCGCAUUUUCAAAUGCGUAGGUACACUCGGCUGCAAGAGUGCGCGUCGUCCAUCGCGCAGGGACGUUAAGCCACCGCCAAAAAACUCGAGACGAGAAUUCUAAAUGAAAAUCCGUCCACACUCAUGGACGCUAAAGACUGAAACAUUCACGGUUUUGUUUUGCGUGUCGUAUCACACAACGUUCUGUACAUUUGUGACGUUUAACUUGAAAGCCUAACUAGAAUAUUAGGUUUUUUACUUUCAAUUAUGUUGUUCUUGAGCUUGUAAAUAAUGUUCGUUUAAUGAUCGUCUCAGAAAAAUGAACGUGUUUGGUUUUUACAUUUUUUACAGAAAAUUGAGCGUGUGCCUGGAUCGAGGCUCCAAUCAACACUCCAGCAUUAGAGGUCACAUGGCUCCGUCUGAGCCACUCGGAAGCACAGUGACCGAUACAGACGUCACAUUGAUAACCCCCAGAUAUUAAGACGUAAAAAAUAGAUGUUUCAGAUAUAUAUUCUGUAAAAUAUGUGAGUGUGUGUUAAAUAUUAUGUAUAUGUAAAUUUAUAUGUACAUACAGGAGCAAUGCAACUGUGAUAGCAUUGAAGUGUAUACAGUGUAGAGUAGUUUGUUCUAACUGAUCCAUUUGUCAUAAACGGUGGUCUAUGUGUGUUGAUGGAGGUUACGUGACAAAGCCUACAGGUUUGUAUGGUUUACUGGAAUUAGAUGGCGAUAUUUGAGCUCAAGGCACCAUAACAAGACAAAGGUUGCCUGUACGAUAAGGUGAGGGCUCCGUGUCAUGAGAUUGGGAUUCUUUGUUGGAUUGGAUGGGGGUUCUGUAUAAGAUGAGAUGGAGAUUCUGUACUGGAUGGAAUCGUUCUAUAAUGGACAAGGGAUCUAUAAUUGAUGGAACUGGAAUUCUGUACUGGAUAAAACAAGGAUUCUAUAUCUGACAAAUCAAAACUGUAUUGGACAAGACGAUGGUUCUGUAUUGGACGACAUGCGGAUUCUGUAUCAGAUCAGUAUUCUGCGUCGCAUAAGAUGAAGAUGCUGUCGUAGUUAAGACGAGGAUUAUUUAUCAGAUGGGUCGAGACAAUGGUGUGUUGUAGGUUGGUAUACAGUUGUGAUUACAGACUGAGUCAUCUACUCGGUUUAUUUAAGCCAAUAACUAUUCGAUAAAGCAUUGCAGCUCUAGUUGAGAUAUGAUUUGUUGUUGUCAUUAAGUGUUCAUGGAAAAUGUACCGGUAAGCUCGUGUGUGCCACACUAAACGUGCUUAAUGUAUGUGUCCAUUCAUUGAAAUCGAUGCUCUCUUGAAACCUCGGCCUAGUUUAGGCCUGAUGCCAUUUUUCUUCGCUGCUCAUAAUCAGGAGGAGUGAAAACAUUUUUACCAUCACCUUUUGCGCACCCUAAUCUCUGGAUAACUAAACAACAGGCGUUAAAUCAGUCUGCGUUCCACAUAGCUGAAGAACUGUUUAGCUAAAGAACUCUCGUUUUGUCAUCCUGUGCUCAACUUGAUUAAAUAACAGACGGAUAUUAUUUUCCUUUAAGGUCUUAAUUGAUGGCAUGCCUCUUGUCAUCUCGCACGCGGUUUAAGCAAGUUGGGUAUUUUUUUAUUGAGGUCUUCAUUUAAUGAAGAGGUAUUUGGAUCUCACCGGGACGUUGCUGUGCAUUUGACCACUUUGCAGUGUUUUACCCAUGCCCGCUGUACCCUGAGCUGCUUUAUUCAGACCGGUUUCCACAUCCAUUCAACAUCAGCUGUUGAGUUCUGUGUAAGGUUUAAUACAUUGUUAUGAGAUGUUCGUGCUAAUAUAUUACCUGUCGCGUAUACGACGAUGUGUAUAUGCCCAUAAUCCUAAAAGUAAAAAAAAAAUCCGUAACUCCUGAAACAUGUUAAAUCAAUCUCGAGCGGGUGGCUUGGACUUGCGAUCGUAAAUGAGCACUUAUUUGGGUUUGUGCUGGAACAUGUGUUCUAUAAUGAUGAUGGUGAUAACAAUGAUGAUGAUGAGGAUACGUGGCUUCUAAUUAUUGCGCAACGAGGUGGUUACUAGACAAUAGUGGUUCUCAUCCGGGGGUACGUGGAUCCCUGGGUGUAAGUGGCAAUGUCCCAGGGGGUACGUGAGGCGAUUUAUAAAUGUGUGAAAUUAUAUCAUACAUCAGAGUGAUUGGUGAAUAAUCACGUGUGAAUCUGCCAAGAUAAAAUAAGUAUGAUAAAAUAUAAAUCCAUAUGGUAACCGAUAGCGAUAUUAAAUACAUUUCUAAACUCAUUGAUGGUUUUCAAUAGUAACCAGCAAGUGCGAACAAAUGGCAUGAUGCAUGCAAAGCGUCUGUUGAUUUUUGUUUUCACUUGCAGUUACUGACUAGCUCGUUAGGAUACCUCACAGAAUGGACAAUUGAUAAAAAUAUCGAUCUAGAUUUGAAGUUUUCGUGACUGCAGAGAUCCAUACUCUUUGGUUCUUUGGGUAAAGUCACGUGGUAGGUAGAAAAUAAGACAAAUAUUGACGUUCAUGAUUCGAACAUUUAUUUCUAAGAAACCAUGUUGAGUCGGGCGAAGGGUUACAAUAGCCACGGAAGGGUUGAGAACCACUGCUGUAGAAAAUAAGAGCAGCGACUUGUGGCCACACGAUCCAAACGGAUGUCGAUGGCCCCUCAGUUUAAAAGAAUCGCUUGGCCUAGCGGAAACUUGUGACAGGACCUGGGCGACCACUCGAUCCUCCCAGCCAUCACUUUAUUGUCAGCAGCGAGAGGGUGGCGUGAAAUUGGUAUGAGGAGCGGGAUGCGUCGAUUUGUGCAUCAGAGAAGCCACGUUAAGGGUUUUUGACGUGUUUCCAUUCGGCGUAACUCAACGCAGGUCAUGCCCGGACGCUUUAUAAAAUAUACCGUACGUUCUUAUGCAAAGCCUGUUAUAACGAAGACAUAUCUUAAACGCAAAAUAAAACUGUGCCAAGUUA